AUGGCAGAUCAUUAUCUUAGAACUAAAAUCAUUAAUUAUCAAGAAAUCACACCUAAAAAAAUGUUUGUUAAUCAAAAUCAAUCAUUCACUUAACCAUAUUUAAAUAAAAGUCCAAAUUAUCUUACACCAGAUAGAGCUAUGAAAUAACCAUUUCAAAAUUAAAAUUAAAGUGUAAUUAUAAACUCUAAAAUUAGUAUAAUGACAUGUCUGAAUUUCUUCGCAAGUAAUAGCUGUAAUAUCCUCCUACAUAUCAAUCUAGUUAAAUUUCAAUUCAAUAAGAAUUAAAUAACACUAUUACUAGCAAAUAGUAUGAUUAAUUCAUUAAACGAUCUGAUAAUUCAAUUACACAAGAAUCUAGUUGGUUUUAGUAGAAAAUGAAUAAUAUCAGUCCAAAUAUAUAAAAACACAGAAUUGAAAUAGAGAAAAAUAAACGAGAUUAUUCAUAACCUUUUUAUGAUAAUAACCACUAAGUUACUGAUAGAAAUUUAAGAUAAAUUAAAGUUUUUAUUUAUUUUUAUUAAGAUCGAAGAAAAGGUUUCAAGUCAAAAAAGUGAUAUUGAAAAAAUAAAAUAAAUUUUGGUUGAUCAGCAACUAAAAUUAAAUUUACAAAUAGAUGAGCAUAAAAUAAAGCUAAAUAAACAAGAAUCUAGAAUAGCAGAGCUUGAAAAAUAAAAUAAGAUAUUAAAAAGUUAAUUAAAUGAAAAAAACUAAGAAUUGAAAAAUAUUUAGCAAUCAUAUAUUUCUUAAACAAAAUUAUAAGAAAUUCAAGAUUAACAAAUGAAAAAGUUCUAGAAAAUAUACGAAUAAUUAACUUAAUAAAAUGAUGAUUUAAGGGAAGAAAAUAAUCAACUGAAAUUACUAUUAUUAUAGUAAUAAAUUUUUAAAUAAAUUAGAGUUGACAAUUAUUCUUCAGUAUCUAGAUCAAUUAUUAGUAAAAAAAACUCAGAAUAAGAUUUUCAAAUUAUUAGUCAACAUAAUAAUGCCAAAGAGUUAAUAGAUCAAUUUCUUUAAGGAAUAUCUGAAUAAUUGUUAUCUUUAACAUAAGAUUCUUUAAUUUAAAGUGUCUUUAUUUAAUUUAGAGAUAUAAUUAAUUCAUUAUAAUUUAACCAGCAUUAGAAAUUGGAUUUUUAAAUACUCAAGGAAACUGACUUUAUGAAAAUUAAAAAAUAAAGUGAAGAUAUCAUAUCAGUGCCAGAGUUAAAUAAAAAAGCUAAUGAGCUAAUUAGGUAAAUUAAAGAAAAAAUGGAAUAAAGAGCCUCUUUGAAGGUAAUGAUUUUAUAUAUAUAAUUAAUUAAGGAUGGGGAUUAAAAAAAGAAUAUCCUCAAAGAGGAAAUAGAUAGAUUGUAAAAGGAAUAUGAUGGAAUUCAAAUUCUUGUAACUGAAUAAUCAGAUUAUUUGGAUAAAAAUACUAAUAAUUUGCAUAGAAAUAGUAUAAUCUCAUUUGAUCAAAAUUUUGAUGGUGAGGAAUAACAAUGA